AUGGAUCGCUGUGUCAAUCAAGAGUUGGAGCCUAUCUACUUGCCAGGCUUUUGUUCGAUGUACUGGCUCCGACUCAUGUACAGCCUUCGUGGAGAGCGGUGGCUGGGCCCUUACCUUCUGCCCAUUCUGUCAGCCGUUCGAGACACGGGGGCGUUCUUCUUCGUCACCUCCCUGUGCGUCGCAAGUGCGACCCAUGCCUACGUCAUCAUGAACCCCCGAGGCGAGGACGAUUUUCCUGUGUACUCUGCAUUCACACACACGGUCCGAUUAGCCAUCUUCGGGGACUUUGACCUCUUUGAAUACCAGGGCCAAGACACUACCUUUGAGCAAGUGGAGGGCGAGUGGGCACCGAAUGACCCCAGUCCGAAAGACUUGGAGCAGCUCCCUUAUAUCUACUUGCAGCUCUGCUUCUUCUGCACCGGGAUUGGCAUUACGGUGCUGCUCAUGAACCUGCUACUCUGGUGCAUGGUAGGCAAGUUUCAACCUGUAACCCUCCGGUUUACAACGAGCCCCUUCCCCACCUAA